CUUCCUUACGUUAUUUAUUGUGAAAGCUGUCGCCCGCCCAACGAGUUCUCCGGGGAAAAGGGAAAAUUUUGCAAUUCCCUUGCGGAGACUGUGUGUGAUGAGGAGGAAGAGGAGGAGAAUAACCAGGGGCUCGCUGUGAUCUGGAGACCUUAUCUUUAAAGCAGAGCAGUUUUGCUUCGACAUCGUACCCGGCCUGUCCUCCUGACGUACCACAUCUCUGAAGCGUCCGUCUCUCUGUCCGCCCCUCUUCCGCAAAGAUGAUGCUCAAUUCGGACCAGACAGAGAUCGACCUGCCGCCGACACACUCCGAGUCCGAGUCCGUCUUCAGCGACUGCGGCGGCGGCCGCGCGGGCAGCGCGGAGGACGCCGGCGGCGUUGGCUUGUGCGCUCAGUCCCGGAUAGCCGAGCCAGGCGAGGCCGUGAAGAAAGACCUGCAGCACCUGAGUCGGGAGGAGCGGCGGCGCCGGCGGCGCGCCACGGCCAAAUACCGGACAGCCCACGCCACGCGGGAGCGCAUCCGCGUCGAAGCCUUCAACAUGGCCUUCGCCGAGCUGCGGAAGCUGCUGCCCACGCUGCCGCCGGACAAGAAGCUCUCCAAGAUCGAGAUCCUCCGCCUGGCCAUCUGUUAUAUCUCCUACCUGAACCACGUGCUGGACGUCUGAGCCGCCCAGCCUGCGUCCGUCUGUCUGUCCGCCACGUCUCCUACCUGAACAUGUGCUGGGCGUCUGAGCCAAGAGCUCGAGUCCGUCUGUCCAUCUACGACCU